UUUACAUAAGAGAUUAUAGGCGCUGAUAUAAAAAUCGAUACUUGGGUUUUGCGCCCUCUCGGAAAAUGUUGUAAAAUUAUGAUAUUCGAACAUAUGUGUCGUUUAGAUUUAGUUCAUAAAAAGUAUAACAUAUGAUAACAUAGUGCAGCUGUAGAACCAUAUAGAACCUGUGCUAAAUGCAAAUAAUCAUCAGAUCAACAGAUUCGUUUAGUACGACGUUUGCGCAGUUUGUGAUAAAUCUCCAUACAAAAUGGAAUGUGUUAUCAGAGAGUAACCUAAAUCUGAACAUUUCUUUCUGUCAAGUGUUUCUGAUAAUUACCCAGGCAUCAUAAAACCUUGGGAAGAAGUUGAAUACACACAUAACCUACCAAUCGGUGAGGUUUGCUCAAUAAAAGAGUCGAGUUUUUUAACGCAGCAGUUCUCUUUACCAACAUUUAUUUAAGAUACCUGAAAAGAUGGGCUGGGUGUUAGAGAUAGCUAAGAUGUUUCUCUAUAUAUCGUUUCCUGUUGGAAUAUUUCAUUAUGUCAAUCAACCAGCUUAUUUUGAGGAGUAUGUGAUAAAAGCAAAACAAGAAUACUACCCACCCGAGAGUCGACGUGCCAACGAGCAAAUGGAAAAUUUUAUUCGCGAUUUCAAUAUUACCAUGGAAGAAAAACGUUUGGAAGCCAUGGAGAUGCAGAACAGGAACAAACAUUGAAGAAAAUACAUUGUAACGUUUCCGAGAUUGUGAUACCAGUAGUAAAAUUUAUUAUUUUUUUAUAAAGAGGAACAUAUCGGAAAUGUCUUUAGCGCAUUUAGUAGUAGAAAUAAAAAUAUUGAUAAAAAUGGUUUUUAA